AUGGUCAAGGUCAACAACUCCGUCUCCUCCAGCCGCCGCAAGGCCCGCAAGGCGCACUUCAGCGCCCCCUCCAGCGUUCGUCGCAACAUCAUGAGCGCUCCCCUUUCCAAGGAGCUCCGUGAGAAGUACAACGUCCGCUCCAUCCCCAUCCGCAAGGACGACGAGGUCACCAUUGUCCGCGGCUCCAACAAGGACAAGGAGGGCAAGGUCACUUCCGUCUACCGCCUCAAGUACGUCAUCCACGUCGAGCGCGUCACCCGCGACAAGGCCACCGGUGCCUCCGUCCCCGUCGGCAUCCACCCCUCCAACGUCGUCAUCACCAAGCUCAAGCUUGACAAGGACCGUGAGGCCAUCCUUGAGCGCAUCAAGCGCGGCCGUGAGCUCGCCAAGCCCACCAAGGUCUCCGCCUAA